AUGUUCAGCUACUGUUUUUACUUUGUUUUGUUUGUCGGCAUUGUUUCUGGUAGGUCUUUACCUAUUUUCUCAUUCUUAGUGCUAUUUUAAGACGGUAGUACUGUAAAAAUUUUAUAACAAUUCCAGCCGACCUCCUUGACGAUGUAGGUACCUAUUUUGAGCCGGCCAAAAUCAACCCCCAGGUCGUGGCCACGAUUGGCAAAGCCAUCUUCGACAAUGAGCUUUCUGGUUUUGAUAAUAUUAUUGAAGAUAUUUUUGGCGUCAAUAGUAUGCCUUUUCGUUAUGCUUUUCAACUGAUCGGUCCCAUGUCAUUGGUGACCGGUGCUAUGUGCCCAGACUGUCCAGAAACAGCGGAAAGUUUUCAGGAGUUCUUUCAGAAGAAUAAGUAUGGAUUGAUAGCGGUAAGUUAUUAUAAAGACAAAAGUCAUAGUUAACCUUAACUUAAGUUUUAAAAUUAAAUUGCAAAAGUAUCCGUAUUUUACCCUAUUUUCAUUUUACAGGCCCCAAUGUCAUGUGGCCUUCUACAAUUCGUUAAACCAAAGGCUGUGCCAAUUUGUGCCCUAACCGUUGCCGGUGGCCUAUUGUAUCUACAAAACUCAAAACCAGUUACUGUAUGCGAUUUGUUCUGUGGGAACACUACAGUAAGCAAACGUCAACUUAAAGAUGUACCAGAAUCAGUGGUACCACCCACAUCUUUCGAAUAUUCCGAAGUGAUUCCUGAUUCUUAUGACGAUUCUGAAGACACUUCAGAGUACGAAUAUUCAUCUCUGGAGAAGGCCGUGCCUUCAAAAGAAUACUAUGAAGAUUCUGGAGAAAAUGAGUAUUCAGAUGAAUCUCACGAAAAAUGUGAAGAAAUUGCUUCAGAAGCUGAUUACAAUAGUUAUGAAGGUUCUAGUUUUGAGUAUAGAUCUUUGGAAUACUCUGGAGAGCUUUCGCCAUCAGAAGAAUAUUAUGAAGAAUCUGAAGAAGCCUUUUUCUCAGGCAAUUAUUAUGAAAAUAUUGACCUGAACAUUGAAGAUGAAUAUUUUGAAAGUUCUGGACAUUCAUUGGAAUUUGAGGUAUGAUACUUAUGCUACGUCAAUAUAAUAAUAGUCCCUCAAAAAUGAACAUGGUUUAUUACCUAAAAAAUUAUCAAAUGAAUAAAAAACGUAUUUUAUAAACCAUGUAGUUUAUAAAAAAUGCCUGCAUCAACGUAUUUUACAAAAAAAUCUAUUUUAAGAGCUCGCCCCCAAAAUCUAUGAAAGUAGACAACGAUGAGAUCGAAAAAAGAAUGGUUGAAGUAAUGAAAAAGCAAAGAAAAAGCAGGGAUGUUGGUGAAGAAGUACAAGAAGAAUUGGUAAUACAAUUUUAAAAAAAUAUUUAAAAUUAACUAAAAUCUAAAAAAUGAGACAAAAUAACGUUGACAACAAGGCUUUUUUUGCUAAAAAUAUUAACAGAAAUUUAUUUAAUUUUUUAAAAAAUAUUUUCAAAAAGCUAUUAUUUAAAAUACGUUUCAGAGCUCCAGCUGA